GCCUGCCCCGCUGCGGCUCCGCGCUCCGUCACCCUCCGGCCUCGCUCCGAGCUCCCGCGACUAUGCUGCCCGUCCGCGGGCCAGUACUGUGCUCCGCGCUGCGGCGGGCAGCGCCCUGCGGCUUCGCCUCCUUCCACUGCUCCGCCCGCCGCCCCCGCGGCGCCCGCGUCGCUGUGGUCUUGUCUGGCUGUGGUGUCUACGAUGGCACAGAAAUCCACGAGGCUUCUGCCAUACUGGUACACCUUAGUCGUGGGGGAGCUGAGGUUCAGAUGUAUGCUCCAGAUGUUCCUCAGAUGCACGUCGUUGACCACAGUAAGGGGCAACCAGCUGAAGCUGAGUCAAGGAAUGUUUUAGUGGAAUCUGCAAGGAUUGCUCGUGGCAAAAUCAUCAACCUGGCUAAACUUACGACUGUGGACCAUGAUGCUGUGAUAUUCCCUGGUGGAUUUGGAGCUGCUAAAAACUUAUCUACGUUUGCUGUUGAUGGGAAAGAUUGCAAGGUGAACAGAGAAGUUGAACGUGUCUUGAAAGACUUCCACAAAGCAGGCAAACCUAUUGGUCUUUGCUGCAUUUCCCCAGUGUUGGCAGCAAAAGUUCUUUCUGGUGCUGAAGUAACUGUUGGCCAUGAAGAGGAGGAAGGUGGCAAGUGGCCUUAUGCUGGAACUGCAGGAGCCAUUAAAGAACUGGGAGGAAAGCAUUGUGUGAAGGAAGUAACUGAAGCUCAUGUGGAUACCAAAAACAAAGUGGUGACUACUCCAGCAUUUAUGUGUGAAACAGAAUUACAUAACAUCUUUGAUGGCAUUGGGGCCAUGGUAAAGAAUGUGCUAAAAUUAACUGGCAAAUAAAACGUCUACUUCUGAUAUGAAAAGCAGAAAUGUUUAAAUUGAAGGUAUAGUUCUGCUGUAUGGACCAAUGGAAGUAUUUUCAUCUGCUUUUCCUGUUCACAGUCUGGUAAUUGCUUUUAUGAAGCUGAUUGACUCCCAGCUGUGCUGCACAUCUUUUGUGAAAGAGCUGCCUGUGGAAGGGCUUACACUAUGCAAACAAUCUGGCCUGGGACAUUGAGCAUUCUCUUGAGCUUUUUCAGCUGGAGGGAGCUGUGCAGAUGUGCUUGGCAGCAGUCGUCACAGUGCACCAGUAUCAAGUCAUUUCCUUGAGAACAAAAAGCAACUGAAGUUUCUUUCAGAAAUGAAAGGAAGAUGUGUUGUAGAGACACAGCAGAUGCAGUGCCACUAUAUCCAUCCAGUGGAUGAAGAAUGGUAGUAGAGGGGAAUUAGCGUGUAAUUCAUUGCUGAUGUGCUCAGAUCUGUAUCUAGGAACUGUAAGCCAGGGCCAACCGUCUCCGUAUCUUCCACAUCCUACUGCUGGCUUAAAGUUAAUUAAAAGAUUUAAGUUUUCCUCUUGAAUGUUUUCACCAAGGAGCCAUUCUGAAUAUCAGGACCUUAGCUGUCACAGUACUAGCACCUUGAAAAAUUCAUCCAUUGGCCCAUUAUAGCUAAAAAGGUCUUGAAAGGGAGGAGAAAAUAUCUGCUGAUGCGACGCACAAUUUUUAAGGGUAAUAUCCUUAUUGAAGUAGUUGCACAACUAGCAAAAUAGAAGAAAAAAAUCUGAAAAUACACUCACUUUCCCUGCUUCAGAGUAAUAAAGCUUUCUCCAAAGGAACGCUGAAUGUCUAAAAUAAUGAUGUAUAAAUAAAUUAAUAUCUGCCUUUAUCUCAUCCUUCA